AUGCUUUCUGUGACCGUACGAUACCCAGAAGAGUUUGUCGCCUAUGUGCGAAGACUCGCGAAACAGCGACGCGUUGAAGAAGCGAGCAUUUGGCGAGAAUUGGUCGCCACCGGAAUCCAGCGCACCGAUGCAGAUGACGGCCUCACCAAGACCGCAUUCAACCUCACCAUUCAGACCUUGUGCCUCACCCGCCGGAUGGCUGGACACCUCGAUGAAGAGCUACUCGAGCUCGCCAAACAGGACGCGAAGCACGCUCUGGAGCAAAUUGGAGUGGAGCAAGUCAUCACCAAGUUUAUGGCCCUGGGCAUUCUCACGCUCUUGCUCUCAAUCGGCAGCAUUUUUUGGUACACAACGACGAGCUACGAGCGGUACGUGACCGUUAAGUACACCGUUGGUUACGUGGUUGUUAACGGGCUAAAACAGACCGAUGGAAAGAUCCCCUUUAAGCUUGAAACUGGGCGGAAGAUCGAGGUUCGAACGGUCACGUUUCUCAACAACGGUAGCGUUCAACAAGCCGUCAGUAACGUAUACAAAGCGGCUAUCUGGUCAUUUGUCGGCGGCGCCAUGUUGGGUCUUUUCGUACUGUUUCUGGUGUUCAAGUUCAUCUAUCGAUUUGGUACUGACCAGGCCGAGGAUGAGCAUGUUCGGGGUAGUCAGCUGGUUGAUGGCAAGCAGCUCAAACAGGCCGUUAAGAAGUUCGGCAAGAUCCCUGAAAUGACCAUCGCCGGUAUCCCAAUGCCGGAGGGUUCGGAUAUCGCUCACACGAUGUUGAGCGGUUCGUCAGGUACCGGUAAAAGUACUGUCUCUAAAGAAAUGCUGACGGGCAUUCGACGACAAAAACAGCGACUCGUGAUCUACGACAACAGCGGCGAAUACGUGUCGCAUUUCUAUCGCCCAGGGAAAGACAUCAUCCUGAAUCCACUCGAUGCGCGGUCGGCCGGCUGGGACGUAUGGGCCGAAUGCUCGCGCGACUAUCAAUAUGAUCGUAUGGCCGAAUCACUCAUCCCCGAACGCAGUCAGGUCGGCGAUCCGUACUGGGUGUUAGGUGCGCGAAUUGUGUUUGCGGCGCUGGCAAAGAAGAUUGCCAGCGACCAAGAACCGAGCAACGAAAAGCUCAUGCACGCAAUCAUGAACGUCAGCAUCGCGGAAAUCACACAGUACGUUGAAAACACCGAAGCGGCGGCAAUAAUUUCCCACGGUGGCGAACGUAUGGCGGUCUCGGUGCGCGGUGUUCUAGCCGCCUACACGCGGUCCAUGAAGUACCUGCCUAAAGACGCGCCACGGUUCUCGAUUAAGGACUGGAUCCGCCAAGACGAGGGCGAUGGAUGGGUGUUUCUGACGACCAAGGACGAGCAAAGAACGGCGCUAAAACCUCUGAUCACGGCGUGGAUGGAUACGGCAAUCGCAGCGAUUGCAUCGCUUGAGCCUAGCCGUCAGCGUCGUAUCUGGAUCGGCAUCGACGAGCUACCAAGUCUGCAGAAACUGCCUUCUCUUUUUGAUGGGUUGGCUGGUCUUAGAAAGUUCGGAGGCUGCUUCAUACUCGGUGUUCAAGCCUAUUCACAACUGGUGAUGAUCUACGGCAAAGAAGGUGCGGACACGAUCGCAAGCGGCUGCUCUACUUGGUGCGGGUUCCGCUACAACGACAAAGCCGGCGCCACGUACUCGAGUGAAAACCUCGGCAAUAGUGAGACGGUCGAAACGUUUGAGGGCAUCUCGUUUGGUGCCAGCGAAAUUCGCGACGGCGUCACGUUGUCCAAGCAACGAAACCUCAGGCCUAUCGUCCUGCCGACCGAGAUCAUGAACCUCAAGGAUCUACACGGGUUCGUGAAAUUUGGGCGCGGACUGCCGGUGGGUCGCAUCAUCGCUCAGUACAAGAAAUAUCCAAAAGUCGCAGAGGGAUUUGUCGACAACGGUUUCGAUAUCGUCGCACCCAAUCUAGACAACGCCCCGGUCCUGGUCAAUGGGUUUCCUCGAAGCGCUAAGCACCGCCCAAGGGCCAACGAGAAGGAUGAUUUUGUUGGCAAUGGCCUCAACGGCCGCGCGAUACCGUCGGCGGCUACCGAUACGACCGGCCAAGAAGAUGGCCGUGACGCCGGGCGGGACAUGUAUCAGACGGAGUUGCUCUAG